UACCCCUGAGCAUCGAGCCUCACUAUCAGUAGCUCCUGUCUUCAAACUCACACACUCCAUAACCAUGCGUUUCCUGUCCAUCCUGACGGUGUUGGCUGUGAUGGUGGCCGUCGCCUAUGGUGGUUAUAUCCGUAGAUAUGGAGGAUUUGGCGGAGGAUUAGGUGGAUUUGGUGGCGGCCUUGGUGGAUUUGGUGGCGGCCUUGGUGGAUUUGGUGGCGGCCUAGGUGGAUUUGGUGGCGGCUUUGGUGGAAUUGGUCGCGGCUUUGGUGGACAUGGUAGAUACGGUGGUCUGUAUGGUUAGUGAUACCAGCAGCACGUCUUCUGACGGACUCCUGGCCACGCUUACGUCACCUUGUUAAUACUGGAAAUAAAGAAUUAAGAAAGUAA